AUGUCAAUUUCGGCUGCGUUCGGAUCGAGUGUCUUGGUGUUGCCCAUUUCCUCUGGUUUUACAUCGUUUAAGCGCGGUGGGGCGAAGAUAGGCUCAUUGGGUGGCGGCAGUGGUGGGUUGGUGAUAGAGUGUUCGUCGAGGCCGCAGAAGAAGGCGACUGCGCACCACAUGAAGACGAGGCCGCGCAAAUCGCAGGGAUGGGACAGAAGGCGCAAACCCACAGUGUACGCUCCUCUGCCGCCGUUGCCUCCUGACUGGACUCUGGAGGUCUCUGGCGAUGCUUCUUCUCAAGUGGACGUUGCCCCUCCCCCUCCACCAGCGCCACCCAUAACUGAGUAG